GACCAACAAAAGUGUCAUGGCGCCGCGCAUGGUUGUCAACAAAAAUGAGAUCUCCGGAAAUUUUUAUUUAUAACUUUUGCUGAUUCAAUUAUUUUCCAAUGUAUUAUCACAAUUUUUUUAUAUAAUUUUACAUUCUGUAAUUAUUUAAGACUGUUUACAAAAUUUCAAGUUGAAUUUUUAUAACCUUACAACCUUGGAAGUGACCGUCAGAUGACCGUCAAAUUGUCAAAUAUGUUUUUUAUAUUAUAUUUAUAAAUAUUUAUUAGUGGACAUGGUGGAUUUAAAAUUUGUAAAAUUAUAGUUUAUUAAGAGGAACAAUAUAGUUAUUGAAAAUUCUGGUGGUAAAAAGAUUUAUUUUUAAAAAUGCAGUCUCAUCGAGCUUUCUAUAUUUUUGGAUUUAAUGUGCAAAAUUAUUUAAAAAUAAUUCGGCGUUUAAAUUGUACCCUCAGUAAUCAUCACACUGCCGGAAUACUCAUAAUUGGCGAUGAAAUUCUAAAAGCACAAGUAAAAGACACGAAUUCUCAUUUCAUAUCAAAUCUUCUAUACAAAUGUGGAGUAAAAGUGAAGAAGAUUUCUGUUUUAAGUGACGAUGUCGAUGAGAUUGCAAACGAAAUUCGCGAUUUCUCCAGGAAAUAUACUCAUGUCAUCACUUCCGGUGGAAUUGGACCCACUCACGAUGAUGUGACUUUUGAAGGUCUCGGAAAAGCUUUUGGAUGUCCACUCUAUUAUCAUCCAACGUUAGUUGAUAUUGUAAAAAAUAAAUUCGGAGUCACGAGUGAUUCUUCGCCUGGUUUCAAAUUAGCCUACAUUCCAAAAGAGGCUUCUCUGUAUUUUGGAGUAAAUCACGAGACAGGCCGACCUUUGGCUUAUCCUUGUAUAAAAUUAAAAAAUGUUUGUGUUUUUCCCGGUUCACCAAAUUUUCUCCGAGGAUCUUUCGGCUCUUUGUACAAUAAACUUUUCGGAACUAACAAAAAUUUUGUCACCACUCAAGUUUUCUUGAAUGCCAGAGAGGAAGUAUUCGCCGAUGCAUUGACAUCAGUUUCCAAAGAAUUUCCACUAGUCAAUUUUGGCUCCUAUCCCGAAUUUAUACACAGUUAUUACAGAGCACGGAUUACAAUUGAGAGUGACACUGAGGCCAUGACGCAAAAAGCCAAAGAGAGAUUUUGCAGUUUAAUACCGACAAAUAUUUUAAUUGACUACGAUAGUUCUCCAAUGGAAAAUGUCAUAAUGAAAUAUGAACAUUUUCUAGAUAACCAAAAGGAAAAACGAAAUUUUUACGAAAAUUCCCUGCGACACAUUGAGUAUAUUUAUCAAGACACGGACAAUGUGGGAAUUUAUUUCGAUUCAAAUGUCGAAUCAACUGUAAUGUUACAUUUGGCUUUCGUUGCAAACAAACGAAUUCUCAAGAAUGGAAAUAAAUUGCGACUACUUUGCUUUCAAAAAGAAACACUCUCCCCUGCAGACGAGGAUUUUCUCAACCAAUUAAUAGACACGUACAAUGCUGAUAUAAUGCUAUUUAAAGAAACGCCACAAAAAGAUAUUGAAGUUCUAAAAUGGAAGAUACCGAAAUUAAAGUUUAUUUUAGUGGGCGCUAAAUCGGAUGUGGAGAAAAGGGAAAUUUACAAUUUAAAAGAUGACGUUUUAAAUGGAAUUAAAAUAGAAUUUCCACUAAUGAAUUGGACCGACACGGACGUCUGGACAUUCGUGAGAUCUCUUUCACUUUCCUAUUGCCCUAUUUACGAUAAAAGUUAAUUUAUAAAAUUCUAUAAAAAAAAAAUGGAAAAAUUUAACUACCUCAUUUUCAAUGUCUUCAUCUGACAUUUAAUUUACAGAAAAAUAUUUAAUAUAAUUCUUCGACUAAUUGAAAUGCAAAAAUAAAAAAAAAAUCGAAAAAGAGUAAAUAUAACGUAACAGUUUGUGAUACUUUGUAAAUAUUUAAUAUUUAAUAUAAUUU